CAGUCUGCCGCCCACGAAGUUGUCAAAGCGGGAAUUCGGGGUAUUUUAGUAAACUAAGAGCUACCGUUAAAACAGUUGGGUUAAAAAACACAGAGAUGACGUCUCUCUCUGCCAAAAUUAGCUGGAGUCGUUGUUAAUGUAAUCCUAUUGUUUAGCUUCAUUCAAGAGCCUAAACCCAAAUGCGAAAUUGCGCCAAAUCUAGAGGGUCAAUUGGGUGCUGCAGAAUUUACGUAAUUGGUCACUUCAAGUCACCUGUGAACCUUUCUUGUCAGAUCUUCAAACACUUUGAACAAAUCUAGCUGGAAUUGUUUAUAGGUAUCUUUGAGCAUGGAUCUUCCUGCAAAUGAUGUGGAAUUUGUAACAGAGAAGAUUGAUGAUGAGAAAGAAGGAGGCCCGGCAUUCAAAUGUGAUCUUGCUGAUACAGAAAUAGUUCACAAGAUAGCUCAAGAGUUCCUCCCAGGAUUAGCUACAGCUUGUGUUGACAACACGACAGGUGAUAUCUUCAAGAGCCCUGCUUCUGUAGCUGUUGAUAUGAGAAAAGAAUUGGUGGAUUAUCUUAAUCAGAGAAGUGAAACUUUUGUCGCUGAAUCUGUUAUCGUAGAAGGUGUUCUUGAGUCUGGAGCACCGGACCAUCCCUACGAUCUUAUUUCUGACUUUGUUGAUGAGUUUGCAAGCUCAAAGAGGAAUUUGUUUAGUCGGGUUUCGGGAUGGCUACUGAGUGAAAAGAGGGAAGACAAGAUAGAUGAUUUUGUGCAAGAGAUGGAGAUAAAUGGGUUUUGGUUGUUGGAUGGGAGGGAAGUAAUUGCAGAGACUUUGCUCAAGAAUGUUGACUUCAAGAAUGCAUUUCACUGCAAUAUGAAAUUCAACUCUGCAGAAGAGCUUGCUCAGCAUGUUUCCCUCUGCAGCUUUAGACCUAUGGCCUGUGAAAAUGAAGGUUGUAAUGCCAGAUUUUGUGCCAGUCACUUGGAGAAGCAUGAUUCAGCUUGUCCCUUCAAGAUAAUUCCAUGUGAACAGAAGUGCUCAGACAACAUCAGGAGACGUGAGAUGGACAGGCAUUGCAUCACUGUCUGUAAGAUGAAGCUUGUGAACUGCCCUUUCUAUGCAGUGGGUUGUCAAUCCACUAUCCCUCACUGUAUGACUGAACAACAUUGUUCAGACACAAUACAUUUGCACUUGCUACAUAUUCUUCAAGGUAUUCACAAAGAAGCUUCUGAAGAGGAUCUGAAGCGACGGGUGGAGCAACUAGAAAAGGCGGCAUCAUCCAAUCAGCUGGCAGAAGCUCGAAAUGUGAGAUCUUUAACCUCCAAAGUCAAGGAUCUUGAAGCAAAACUGGGGCCAUUAGAAGUCCACACCAAGAACAAGGAGGAUAGUGAAGAGAAUGCUGAGAUUUCAAAUCUAGCAAAUGCCUUGGAUGAAGCCCACAUCAAGAACAAGGACAGUCAAGAGACAAUGGAGACUUCAAAUCUUGCAAAUGGCACUAACAAAGCUGAAAGUUAAUGUUAGGCCUGGAAAUUAGGCAAUUUUGUUUAAAGAAAAUAUUAUUAAUCAAGAAAUGAAAGUCAUUCACCUUACUAGAAAACAAAUUUUUUUUUUUUCAAUUGCUUUGUAACAUCAUUUCAUAUUUAGCUCUUUUAGUUUAUGAUGUUGGGGAAUCCUUUUUGCUCCUCCUUUUAUUUUUCUUUUUAUUUUUUAAUUUCCUUUUCUAUAUUCCCUGAGUCAAAGAUGGCCUCAUGUUACCUAUUACAUUUGAUAAAAUGAGGCACUAAUUCUAUUCACUAUGGAGCAAUACUACUAUUGACAUUGUUCUCUGCCA